GGACGCACGCACAUAGAGGGACGAGGGUAUUUGGGUAAAAGAACAUGUUUUUCAAAUAUUGAAAGAGGCGGUCGUGAGACUCUUUGAUCUCGUUGAUUCGGCGUAGCAACGGUUCUUCUUCUUCUUCUUCUCUCUCUCUCACUCUCUCUCUUGCUGGAGAUUGAAUCAGGGAGUAUUACUUGAUCAUUCGUAAGUCCGAGAAGAAUUAUAGCUUAAAGAAUUUAAAGAAAUGGUUGCUGUCAAGGGAAAAUCAAGUACAUUCUUGAGUCGAGUAGAGAAUUAUGGAAUGGACAAGAGUGUUGGAGCCAAAAGUUUCAAGAUCUACACAGAAAAUUGCAGGGUUAAAGUUCGUCACUGUGAUUCCACCAAUGCUCAAUGCAACGGAACUUCAAGUGAAUCCCUCACGGCACCAGGAAGGAAAUCUUGUUCGUCCAUCAAAGGGAUUGCUCAGACCAAUGCAAGUGAUUCAAUGGGACCCAAGACUUUCGAGAAGAGUAAAUCCAAUCAUGAUAUUUCUAAUGAAGGAAACAUUGGAAGAAAAGUUUUGGCGGAUGUGAGCAAUCUCCAGAGCAACUUUCCGAGGACUGAAGUUCAUGGUGGCCCCAAAUUACUGGUAUCAACGAAUUUAGGCGCUAGGAAUCCAAGUGCCUCAUCAAUUCUCCAUAUCAUGGGAAAAGCGAGGGAAAACCAAAGACAAGCUGUUGCUGGUUAUCCUACUCUGAAAAGAGGGACUAAGGAUGUAAAACUCCAUGUUGAUGACCCGAGGAGUAAGGGUCAGGUUCUUGGAUCUAUUAAUACUGAUGGCCGGAAAACUACAAGGAAUCCUUUGCCACCUACAAGGAAUUCUUUACCGGCAUCAAAAUGGGUUAAGCAGGCUGAUAAAAGUGAUAAAAAGAAGGAAACUGAUGAAAAGAUGGGAAAGGGUGGUGGAUUUCAUGGUUUUUCUGUUAAGCCAAAAGUUGGGAGGAAAGUGAUACCCCAAGUUAGCAAUGCCAGAAGUCAUCUUUGGAGGAAUCGAGUUAGCGACGGCUUCGUUCAAAUGGCUUCAAAAAGUCAAGCUAAGGUGGACACCCAAGUUUUUUCAAGAAAACCUGUCAAGCCAAAUCUGACAACCACGCAGACAGUUCCCAGUACUAAACUGACUAUGCAAUCCAAGUGCACAUCUGGUCGUAAAGAAUCAAAUUCGCUUGCUGCAAUGUCGUUCAGAAGAGAAGAUGAAGUAGUGUCAUCUUUAUCCAAAAAUACUGAAUUAAUUGCUCCACGUGGUCAACCUGCUCAGACAGAUGUUUCAUCUGAUUGCAACAGCAUCGUAGGCACAGAUGUGUCAGACAGCAAUGCCAGGAAGAAAUCUAACCGCCGGAAAUCUUUCACGUUGUUAUUGAUGGCAAGAUCAAAGCUAAUAGAAGAACAUAUGGGGUUAAUGAAACAAGAAAGUUUGCCGAGCAUUUAUGAUGAUGGAAAUCAUCUUGAAGUUGCUGAAUACAUUGAUGAGAUCUAUCAGUAUUAUUGGAUUUCGGAGGCUCAAAAUCCAUCUCUGGGAAACUACAUGGCGAUUCAGACAGAGGUUACACCUCAUAUGCGAGGCAUAUUGAUCAACUGGCUAAUUGAGGUCCACUUAAAAUAUGAUUUGAUGCAAGAAACACUAUACCUCACGAUCACACUGUUGGACCGAUAUCUAUCCUUGGUUCCAAUAAAGAAAAAUGAAAUGCAGUUGGUUGGUCUUACUGCACUCUUGCUGGCAUCAAAAUAUGAGGACUUCUGGCAUCCAAGGGUUUUAGACUUGAUUAGCAUCUCAGCGGAGUCAUAUACAAGAGACCAAAUGCUUGGAAUGGAGAAAGAUAUUCUAAAGAAGUUGAAAUUCCGGCUGAAUGCUCCUACUCUUUAUGUGUUCAUGCUGAAGUUUCUUAGGGCUGCUCAAUCUGACACCAAGCUGGAACAUCUAGCAUUCUACCUCAUUGAGCUAUGCCUGGUCAAAUAUGAAGCUUUGAAGUUCAAGUCCUCAUUGCUAUGUGCAUCAGCUAUCUAUGUUGCACAAUGCACAUUACAAAAGACUCCGGCUUGGACCCCACUGCUAAGCAAUCAUGCACGCUAUGACGAAUCCCAAAUGAGGGACUGUGCAGAGAUGAUCUUAGAGUUCCACAAAGCUGCUAAAACAGCAAUGUUGAAAGUCACUGUCGAGAAAUAUGCAAGGCUUGAUUACGGUGUAGUUGCUAACAUUAAACCUUUGAGUAGGCUUCCUCCUCUGACUUGAAUACGUCUGUAGAUGCAUAUGCUACAAUAUUUGAAUGACGUAACUGCCCUUUGUCUUUUUAUCUUCCACCGGAGUUUCUGCCCAAGACAAACAUUACUAUUUAGGUGUGUUUUAGCGUUUAAGAUACAAAGAAUCAAAGAUCCUCCUCCUGCUUGGUUGCAAAAUUUGACGUUCUGGUGAAACCAUAAGUGUUGUUUUGUAUCAUUUGAAAGGCAAAGAAUUUGUAAAUAAAUCUCGAAGUGGAUAUGAGUAUGUACGUUUAAGUAUUGUAAUGGCAUUAAACCACGAUGUCCAUCUGACUAUCUGAGUAUAUAUGUUUAGUAUCGUAAUGACAUCAAAAAACCACGAUGUCCAUACUCUGUGUUAUCUCUUUCUAUGUUGUCGGAUGGGAAUAUCACCCAUGGGGUAUUUUCUGGUAUAUUGAUUGUUUAUUUCAUUCCUGAAUAUUGUGAGUCAAUGACAAAG